GAUGUGGAAGCUCCUGGGUCAGAACUGCUCAGCACACUGGGGCGCGGUGCAUAUCCUCUUGCCUUGAAUGUGGGUCUAGCUGCCAUUCACUGCCAUGUGGGACAGAACUCUGCAUCUGCUCCUGCCCUUGCACUGCCUGCUGGCCUUCUCUGCUGCUAUAUCCCGGCAUGAACUCUUCCCCUAUGGGGAACUGAGGGGAGAUGUGCUCCUGCAGGAGGGGGACGAUGAGACUUCUGAGGUGGUGAAACUCUCCCAACCGCUGCUCUUCUAUGAAGCCCAAUUCAGCAAUUUAUAUGUAGGGACCAAUGGAAUUAUUUCCACUCAGGACUUCCCCAGAGAAACUCAGUAUGUGGAUGAUGGCUUCCCUACAGACUUCCCUGUCAUUGCUCCAUUCCUCUCAGAUAUAGAUACCAGCAAUGGCAAAGGAAAGAUUUUUUAUCGGCAGGACAAUUCUGAACAAGUUCUCAAUCGGGCAGUCAGUGAGAUCCAGAGGGGUUUCCCAGAGACUUCAUUUGUUCCUACUGAUGCCUUCCUUGUGACUUGGGAAAAUGUUGGUGCCUACGAAGAGAUGACCCGUCACUCUCCAUCGUCUGAUAGGAGAAACACGUUCCAGGCGGUACUAGCAUAUGAUCACUCUGAUGCUUACGCUAUAUUCCUUUAUCCUGAAGAUGGACUCCAGUUUUUUGGUACUCGUCCUAAGGAAUCCUACAAUGUGCACAUUGAGCUGCCUGCCAGAGUGGGCUUUAGCCGAUCAGAAUCGGGACCAUACUACAGUGUAACAAGUAAUGAGCAAUCCGUGAAGAAUUUGUAUCAAACUGGAAACACUGGUGUCCCAGGGAUUUGGGUCUUUCACAUUGGCAGCAUUUGGGAAUUAGACAAUGUAAUUCCAGCAAAAUUCUUUGGUGCUCCCACAAAGGAACAAUCGCUUGAAAAUUCACAUACAGGUUUCCCAGAACACAGAAUAUUUGAAAAGAAUGAAAGUGAAGACAGUAUUGAUUACCCAGAGUCCUUUUAUGAGGAGAAUGAAGAUGAUCUGGAAGAUAAUACAAGUGAUGCCACACCAACACAUAAUGCACACCAAAAAGUUGAUUCAGACACUGGAAAUCAGGGAUACUUGGACAUAGAUCAGGCUUCCAAACUGACCCAUGCAGAUGUUGAACAGGAAGCUACAUCAUCUGUUGUGCUUUCCUCUUCACAUCAGAAUCCUGAUUGGACACCCUACAAACUCAGUGAAUCUGAUACUGACAGAGAUGGGCCAUUGCAGGAACCUCAAGUUCAGACAGGGGAGGAUACAGAUUUGACAAGGGGAGACACAUUACUGACUGAAGAGCUGCCAUCCCAUAAAGCACAUAAUUUAACACCUCAAAAUUCUGAAGAUCUCUCAAUAUAUCCUGAAAGUGAAGUUCUCGUGGGCAGUCACCCAGAACAGGAAAAUGAUUUUGAAAGAAAGCAGAUUGAUGCUGAUCCUGGACUCCAAACUGAUGUGUUUUCCUUUAACCCUGUGGGCAAGGAGACAUGUGAGAGGAACCACGGGAGAUGUUCUAGGUUUGCUUUUUGUGCCGAUUACUCUGCUGGCUUCUGCUGUCAUUGCCAGGAAGAUUAUUAUGGCAACGGAGUACAUUGUUUGCCAAGAGGGGCUCCACACCGUGUGAAUGGUAAAGUGAGCGGAAACAUCCUGGUCGGUCAAACACCUGUCAACUUCAUUGCUGCCGAUUUACACGCAUACAUUGUGGCAAAUGAUGGAAGAGCGUACACAGCAAUCAGCCACGUUCCUGAUCCUGCAUCCUGGUCUUUAACACCUCUUGCUCCAAUUGGGGGACUCUUUGGCUGGCUUUUUGCUUUGGAAAAACCAGGCUUUCAAAAUGGUUUUAGCUUUACCGGUGCCAAGUUUGUACACAACAUUGAUGUCACAUUUUACCCGGGAGAAGAAACUGUUCAUAUUACUCAAACAGCAGAUGGCUUUGAUUCUGAGGGUUAUAUGAAUGUAAAGACAGCAAUUCAGGGCAAAAUUCCAUAUAUCCCAGAGACAUCGACCAUCAAGCUGUCUCCUUAUACUGAACUGUAUCAAUACUCUGGCUCAGUUGUAACUUCGACAGCCUACAGGGAAUACACAGUCAUCUCAGAAUCAAACGAAGAACAAAAACUGUCUUACCGGUUACGGCAAAAUGUCACUUACCAAGAGUGCAGCCAUUCCCAGAAACAGCCUGUUAGUGCUCAAAAGCUUUAUGUUGAUCGUGUCUUUGCCCUUUACAAUAAAGAAGAGAAGGUCCUUCGUUAUGCAGUUACAAACUACAUUGGAUCUCUGCAUGAUUCGACUGGACAGGACGAUCUCACAGUUAACCCGUGCUAUGAUGGUACCCACUUGUGUGACACAAGAGCUAAAUGCCAGCCUGGUAGUGGUCUAGAAUACAGUUGUGUUUGUGCGUCUGGAUACCAAGGGGAUGGAAGAGAUUGCACUGAUGUAAAUGAAUGUGAAGUUGGCUUCACCCGGUGCGGCCAGAACACUGUUUGUGUCAACCUCCAGGGGAGUUACCGUUGUGAGUGCGCCAGUGGUUUCACUUUAUCUGGAGACGGGCACAACUGCAUCUUGGCUUCACUAAUAAACCCAUGUGAAGAUGGAAGUCAUACAUGUAACAGAGACACAUCACGCUGUGUUCCGCGUGGAGAUGGUGUAUUCACAUGUGAAUGUUUCCCUGGAUUUAACAAGAGUGGAGAAGACUGUGUUGAUGUUGAUGAAUGCACUGAGCACAGAUGUCAUCCAGAUGCCUCAUGUACCAACACCCUGGGCUCUUUCUCCUGUCGGUGUAACAGUGGUUAUGAAGGAGAUGGCUUCCAGUGCACUCAAAUCUUAGGUCCUGAACCCCUGAAAACCCCCUGUUUAGAAAAGCGCCAGCAGCUACACCCAAGGGGCCCCCGUCCAGCUGUGGGACAGUUUGUACCAGAGUGUGAUGUAGAGGGAAAUUAUGUUCCAUUACAGUGUCAUGGCAGCACUGGCCAUUGUUGGUGUGUGGACAAAUUAGGUGAAGAGAUUACUGGAACAAGAACACCACCGGGCAGACCAGCCCCAAAUUGUGGGGAAAGAGGUCCUGAACCCCUGAAAACCCCCUGUUUAGAAAAGCGCCAGCAGCUACACCCAAGGGGCCCCCGUCCAGCUGUGGGACAGUUUGUACCAGAGUGUGAUGUAGAGGGAAAUUAUGUUCCAUUACAGUGUCAUGGCAGCACUGGCCAUUGUUGGUGUGUGGACAAAUUAGGUGAAGAGAUUACUGGAACAAGAACAACACCGGGCAGACCAGCCCCAAAUUGUGGGGAAACAGGUCCUGAACCCCUGAAAACCCCCUGUUUAGAAAGGCGCCAGCAGCUGCUUGGACAGCUGCACCCAAGAGGCCCCCGUCCAGCUGUGGGACAGUUUGUACCUGAGUGUGAUGCAGAGGGAAAUUAUGUUUCAUUACAGUGUCAUGGCAGCACUGGCCAUUGUUGGUGUGUGGACAAAUUAGGUGAAGAGAUUGCUGGAACAAGAACACCACCUGGCAGACCAGGCCCAAAUUGUGGGGAAACAGCAGAGCCUACUCGGAGACCUCAGACAGUGUGUGAGAGGUGGAAGCAGAGUCUUAUUGAGCAUUAUGGUGGGAAACCAGGUGGAGAACAUUAUGUGCCUCAGUGUGAUCAAUAUGGUGACUUCAGUCCUCUCCAGUGCCAUGGAAACAGUGGCUAUUGCUGGUGUGUGGAUAAAGAAGGAAGAGAAAUUGAAGGAUCUAGAACAGAACCUGGAAUGACUCCAGCAUGUAUACCGACAGUGGCACCUCCAACCAUGCAUCCAACUCCGCGUCCUGAUGUGACCCCUCCUGCAACUGGCACCUUCCUCUUGUAUGCUCAGGGUCAGCAGAUUGGCUACUUACCACUCAACGGCACAAGGCUCCAUAAGGAAAAAGCCAGGACACUGCUGUCACUUCAUGGUUCUAUAGUGGUUGGUAUUGACUAUGACUGCCAUGAGAAAAUGGUGUACUGGACGGAUGUUGCAGGUCGUACAAUCAACCGCGCAAGCUUAGAACCAGGUGCAGAACCGGAAACUAUCAUUAACACAGGGUUGAUGAGCACAGAGGGCUUAGCCAUUGACUACCUUCGCAGGACAAUGUUUUGGACAGAUAGCGGCCUAGACAAGAUUGAGAGUGCGCGGUUGGACGGCACUGAGAGGAAGGUUCUAUUUGACACACAGCUUGUGAAUCCUCGAGCCAUCACUGUGGAUGCGGUUAGAGGGAACCUGUACUGGACAGACUGGAACAGAGAGGCUCCAAAGAUUGAAUCUUCGUUUGUAGACGGAUCAAACAGGAGGAUUCUGGUUAAUGACAACAUCGGCCUUCCCAACGGUUUAACCUUUGAUCCCUUCUCCAAACAAGUCUGUUGGGCUGAUGCAGGAACCAAGAAGCUUGAAUGCAUUUUGUCAGACGGAACAGGGCGACGGGUCAUACAGAGUAACUUGAAUUAUCCUUUUAGUGUUGUUGUGUAUGCAAAUUACUUCUACCACACAGACUGGAGGAGGGAUGGGGUAAUAUCCCUUAACAAGGACACUGGGCACAUUGUUGAAGAAUACCUUCCUGAGCAGCGAUCCCAUCUCUAUGGAGUAACAGCUGUGUACCCAUACUGCCCUUCAGGGAGAAAGUAAUGCAAGAAUAAGCUGCAGAGUGGAAAUUCAUUUUGAUGGAAGAUUUUUCUCCUUGCUGCAGUUAAAGGGAUGGCAAAGAAUCAGCACAAAUACUACUUGGAAACUGCAAAGAAAAGCUUUAUUUUCUUGCAACAAAUAUGAUUUGUAAAGUUUUUUUUACCUCAAAAUUUUUUUUACUACUGUCUUUUUACAGAAAUUAUUUAGCUGUAAAAUAAAAAAAUAACCCCAAGCGUGUUGGCAAGCUUGGCUCCAAAGAGAUGUGCCACAUGUACAGAGAUCGCACAUGCCACAGAUUUUUUUAAAAAAAAAAACAAAAAACUUUUUAACUUGUUUAAUAUUUGUAACUUGAGUUUUUUUCAAUGGUGCCUUUUUUAUAUAUUUUUUUUCUCUUCCAAUGUAGCUUUUAAUAUUCUAUCAACCCACAUUACUGUAUACUGUGAACAAAUAUGGCCAGAAACUGCAUACAUCGCAACAAACAAGUACAUAAGGUGGUCCGUUUGUGAAAUAUAGGAAACUUUGUGCCAUACCAAAACUUCACAGAUAAAUUCAAUAAAUCCAUUUCUUUUUCUGUA